AUGGAUCGUAUAUAAUCCCAAUGUCCGUAUAAGUAACCGUCGCCGACUAUUCACGGCCCGAGUUCGCUUUUCCUAUUCUCUUGGCCGAAUGUCUGGAUUUCCGCCAUAUUACCACCCCCAACAUCCCUCCACGCACUUCACCUCGAGACACCAUGGGGGUCGAUCAUCUCCAGCCGGGCGAGGAGCGCCAAAUUGAUUACCAUCCCCCGAUGAACGUAGCGUUGGCGACGCCUAUGUUCAUUCUCGCCGGGGCUUUUUUCGUUCUCUUCGUGGGUCGUAGUCUGAUACGACUGCACCAUCGCCGGCGUCUGCAUCAAAUCUUACAAACCGACAGCCAGGAAAAGUUCGAACGAAGCAGCGCGCUCUCCGCCAGUCUCAACAAGCAUGUGUUCUACGCGCCGUUACUAUCCGUACGCCAUAGUCGCUACUUCCGGCUCGGAGAGAAUAUCCACAUGGGCAUCAUUCCGCUGCGGCUGGAGGCGGUUUUGCUAACCGCGUAUAUCUUGAUCAAUAUUGUGUUCUUCUUUGUGCUGGUCGACUGGGGGAAAGACUGGGAUGAGGUGGUAUUCCAAUUCCAAUAUUCGGCGGGCAGCAUGGCCGUGUUGAACUUGCCGGCGCUGGUUCUGGCUGCGGGCCGAAACAACCCCCUGGUGCCUCUGCUGGGGAUCAAGUUUGACUGCUUCAAUUUGAUGCAUCGUUGGGUCGGGCGGACCAUCAUUAUGGCGGGACUCGUCCACACCAUUUCCGCCGUGGUCAUGAAAGAGCAUGAAGAGGGCGGUUUGGCCGCGGCUACGAAGCUCAUCUGGAAUACCAAAUUCUUCAUCUGCGGUUUAGUGGCGAUCUUUGCGUUUGCGACAAUCCUACUACAGUCCACGUCACCCGUUCGACAUGCAUUCUACGAAGCCUUCCUCCACACGCACAUUCUUUUGGCUAUUAUGGCAUUUGUGGGCUUAUGGUACCACCUGGAGGGCAUGUCGCAGCAGAACGCUCUACUUGUUACGCUGGUUCUUUGGGGGUUUGAUAGAGCAACCCGACUGGCAUGUGUCAUCUGGCGCAACGUGGGCAAGCACCGCACCAAGGCCACGGUGGAAUUACUCCCAGGCGAUGUGGCACGCGUCAACGUCAGCCUGGCGCGGCCGUGGAGUUUCCAGGCUGGACAGUAUAUGUAUCUGUAUAUGCCUUCUCUGGGGUUGUGGACCUCGCAUCCGUUCUCGGUGGCCUGGACGGCGACCGGGGAGACUGGACUCGCCGAAAAGCGCAGCUCACAAGAUUCCACCAAUCGUCUGGUGGGGGAGUCACAGCAGACCACGAUGUCUUUCUUGAUCAAACGCCGUGAUGGAUUCACCAGCCGGUUAUUGCGGAAGGUGUGCACCUCCACGGAGCGGAGAUUCAGCGCGAUCGCGCUUGCGGAAGGGCCGUUCGGGGGCUUGGAAUCGCUCAAUUCCUAUGGAACCGUGCUUCUCGUUGCCGGCGGCAUUGGCAUCACGCAUCCGAUGUCCUACAUCUAUGAGUUUGUGAACAAGUUUGCAUCCCGAUCGACAGCCGUCCGACGAGUGACCCUCGUGUGGGUGGUUCGCAGCUUAGACCAUCUCUCCUGGAUCCAGCCCUGGAUGGCAUCCUUGUUCCACCACCCCGCUUUACAAGACGCCAGCGUACCGAAACAAGAGUCAUACUUUGAGGUUCCUGACUUCUCCCUAUCGAUCCAGGUGUAUCUGAGUACGCGCGAGUGCAGUCCCGAAGAUUACUCCCCGGCGGAAUCGCCGUGGGCCAUUGCGGCUCCGUCCCGGGUUCCGAUCAGUAUCAACAGCGGGAAGCCGUGUUUCCGCGAGCUGCUGGAGCUGGAGAUGGCGCAGCAGGUUGGGGCCAUGGCGGUCAGUGUGUGCGGACCGGGAGCAUUGGGCGACGAUUUGCGACAGGUGGUCCGGGAGAAGCAGGGGGUGAAAAAGGUGGAUUUGUACGAGGAGACCUUUUCGUGGUGAUACUUCAGUUUUUUACCUUCUCGUGUGUUAUGCUUAAUAUAUAUUCACAUGCCGUUCUGAAUGUUCUAUACUUAGUAUCAACUACCACC